AUGAUCUUCCGCUCUGCAGUACCCGAUAUCGAGAUCCCAUCAUUGGGUGUCUACCAAUACGCAACGCGAAAUGAAAACGGAAUUGAUGACAACAAGCCAGUAUUUAUCGAUGCUGCGACCGGUGUCGAAUUGACGUUUGGUGCAUUCAAGAGGGACUCAAAGAGACUGGCAGCUGGAUUACAGGAUAAGCUCGAUUUGAAGAAGGGCGAUGUGGUGGCUAUAUUCUCACCUAAUCAGGUCGAUUAUGCCAUAGUCUUCUUUGGCGUAAUUGCAGCUGGUGGCAUCCCAACACUGGCAAGUCCUCAGCAAACCCCGAAAGACUUCCAAGCUCAACUCUGCAAUUCAACCGCCUCAAUCAUAAUUGUCCAUCCGCUCAUCUUGGCCACUGCUCUCGAAGUAGCAAAAAACUGCGAGUUUCCUCUGGCAAAGAUUUUUCUUUUCG